AUGGCCUCUUUUCUUGUAAAUGAUGAUAUUUACGAAUGUUACGAAGGUUACAAAGAAAGUACCCCAUACGGUGUUACAGGCACAAAUGAUGCCAAUCCUAAUUCGUAUAAUGUUUAUUUUCAAAAUGAUAGCCUACUGAUUUACGAUGUAGGCCAGCAAGUUUACGAUAAUGAAUCUUUGAUUCAAUAUGAGGUUUUCGGAAAUGGUUUUCCUGAUGAUAAUUUUGUGCAGGAAAUUUACGGAGAUAAUAUUUUCGGUUUUUAUGAAGGUAGUGAUGAUGGAAAUCUUUUUGGUCCUUUAAUG